AGGUCUGAACCAUACUAGGGUGGUCCGUAACUUGGACUCUGGCCACAGUCAGUCUGACCUGCUUCUGUCCAGAGGCGCUCGCCGCUAGACUGGUGUAAACAUGUCGGCUAAAGAUCAGAAAAGCCCUAACCCAGGGAGGAAGCGCCCCCGGAAUGAUGUGGGGAACAAAGUGAUUGUUGUUCUCGGGGGACAGUGGGGCGAUGAAGGCAAGGGGAAAGUUGUCGACCUGCUUGCGACUGAGUCAGACAUUGUGUGCAGAUGUCAGGGAGGCAACAAUGCGGGUCACACUGUGGUGGUGGAUGGGAAGGAGUAUGACUUCCACCUCCUGCCCAGCGGCAUCAUCAACUCCAAAGCCACCUCUUUUAUCGGAAAUGGAGUUGUCAUCCAUCUACCUGGAUUAUUUGAGGAAGGAGAUAAAAACGAGAAGAAAGGUCUCAAAGACUGGGAGAAGAGACUGGUCAUCUCAGACAGGGCCCACAUAGUGUUUGACUUUCACCAGGCAGUGGACGGACUGCAGGAGGUGCAGAGGAAAGCCCAGGAAGGGAAGAACAUUGGAACCACAAAAAAAGGAAUUGGACCGACCUACUCUAGUAAAGCCUCUCGCACUGGCCUGAGAAUCUGUGACCUGCUCGCCGACUUUAAAGAGUUUUCAGCCAGAUUCAAGUUGCUUGCGCAACAGUACCAAUCCAUGUUCCCUACUCUGGAGGUAGACAUCGACGGCCAGCUAAAAAAACUUCAGGAGUAUGCCGAGCGGAUUCGGCCCAUGGUGCGGGAUGGUGUCUAUUUCAUGUACGAGGCCCUACAUGGAGUCCCAAAGAAGAUUCUUGUGGAGGGGGCCAAUGCUGCCCUGCUUGACAUUGACUUUGGUACUUAUCCCUUUGUGACAUCAUCAAACUGCACCGUCGGCGGAGUGUGCACUGGGCUUGGCAUUCCUCCACAGAAUGUUGGGGAUGUUUACGGUGUGGUCAAGGCCUACACCACACGUGUGGGCAUCGGUGCAUUUCCCACAGAACAGCUUAAUGACAUGGGGGAGCUGCUUCAGACCAGGGGUCACGAGGUGGGGGUUACCACCGGUAGGAAGCGGCGCUGCGGUUGGCUGGACCUGGUCAUCCUGCGCUAUGCCCACAUGAUCAACGGUUUCACAGCACUGGCUUUAACUAAACUUGAUAUCCUUGAUGUGAUGGAUGAGAUCAAAGUUGGAGUGGCCUACAAAAUCAACGGCAAGCGAAUCCCAUACUUUCCAGCCAACAUGGAGAUUCUUCAGAAGGUGGAGGUGGAGUACGAGAAGCUGGCGGGGUGGAAGAGCGACACCUCGCCAUGCAGGAAGUGGGAUGACCUGCCGCCCAAGGCCCAGAAUUACAUCCGCUUUGUGGAAAACCAGGUCGGAGUUCCAAUCAAAUGGGUUGGAGUCGGAAAGUCCAGAGAAUGCAUGAUUCAGCUGUUCUAGGGAUUCCAAGAACACCCAGUGGUUCAUGCACCCCCCCUCUCUCUUUCUCUCUCUCUCUCCCUCCCUCCCUCCCUCCAUCUCUCUCUCGCUCUCCCUCUCUCUCCUAGUCCAUCCAUCCAUCCAUGGUGCUGCUCAGGAUGUAUUUGAUAUAGACUCCCUUUGUUGUUCCUGUAAAGUGUGAGUUUCUGUUUUGUUUUUGGUGAAACAGAACAUAAACAAAACAAAAGUAAAAAGAUGACCAUGGUGACCUUCGACCUGUGAUUCGUUCACAAUACAUGCAAUACAUCUAUUGAUGCUCUCAUUGUUAGACCAAAACUACUAAAAGCGCAACAUGUUGGGCAAACGCUGUUUACUGAUACUUGCCAACUCCUUGCCUGAUGCCUUGCCCCAUUCAGAUAAAAUCAAGUUAAUUGCAUGUGUUAUCUUUGAGUUACUGCCAAUAUGCCGUACAGAUUCAAGGAUACAUAUUGUACAUUGCACAUGACUUACUGUGUCUAAAUGCCAUAACCCUGGGGGUAAACAAUGUGUGGCCAUCUUUUUCUAUGCUACUGCAAAGUUUAUGUCUGAUAAGUGCUAUUUGGCCAUGUGUGCAUAUUGUUUCCAAAAAUAAUGCCAUAGUCUCAUAAACCUAUAUUUGUCAAGAAUUUAAUUGGCCUAAUGUGUAGCGACAUUUUGUCAGUAUUGUAAUUUGCACGACUAAGUUUAUUAAUUUUCCCUGUCUUGCAUAACACUUGUUUCAAGACUUGAAAACCCCUGGCCAGUAUUUAUGUUCAUUAAUUUACAUGCAUAUGAACCUACAAUUCUUUUUUUGCACCUUGAUAAUCUUGUAAUAACUUUAUGCUGUUUUUGAGUAUCUGUCUGUAAAAUCAUUUGACUUGAUUUAAAUAACAGUUUGACUUAUUUUAAGUCGUUUCAUCAUGAAAAAAAGCACAUUUGGCUGCCAGUGUGUUAAACAAAUUUGUCUUAAAAACAAGCAAAUUUGGCUGCCAGUGCAUUGAGCAAAUUUGUCUUGAUAAGACUCCUUAAAAUAAGUCAAACUCUUAUUAAAUGAAGUCAAAAUGACUAAUAAGAUUAAUGAAACUUGGUUAGAUUUUCUUUUUUGCAUAGCAUAUGACAGCCUGGCAGUGGUGCAUUAUGCGGAUGUGUCACAGAGCUUUACUGUACACCAUGAAACCUGUCUAGUGGGGUAUUUCCACCAGCGGGGAAGUGUACAUUUAUUUCACCCUGUAAUCUUCCUCGCCAGAGUUUCCACUUUUUGCUGUGCAAAUAAACCUGAUGCACACCAGAA